AUGGACCUAGCCACCCUCGCCUUGAGUACUAACAACACAACAGUGAAUGGAAGUUACUACAACCCAUACUUAACCUGUGAGACCAUGUCCCUGAGUAUUCUAACAGUCACCAUUGCCCUGGUUGGGCUGGCUGGAAAUGCCAUAGUGCUGUGGCUUCUGGGCUUCCACAUGCACAGAAAUGCCUUUUCUGUCUACAUCCUCAACCUGGCUGGUGCUGACUUCCUCUUCCUCUGCUUUCAGACUGUGUAUUCCCUUCGGAAUAUCAUCAUUCAUGUCCACCACAUCUAUGUCAACCUUGACAAGUAUUUGAGAAUUGUGUUUAAUUUUUCUUACCUUUCAGGUCUGAGCAUGAUCAGCGCCAUUAGUGCUGAGCGCUGCCUCUCUGUUGUGUGGCCCAUCUGGUAUCGCUGCAGACGCCCAAGACAUACAUCAACUGUUGUUUGUGCCCUGCUCUGGGCCUUGUCCCUGCUAUUGAGCCUCCUGGAAGGGAAGGCAUGUGGCUUCCUCCAUGAUAUAUUUGGUUAUGGUUGGUGUGAGAAACUAGAUUACAUCACCUUUGCUUGGUUAAUUGUUUUAGUUGUAAUACUCUCAGGGUCAACCCUGACUCUGCUAGUCAGAAUUUUCUGUGGCUCAAGACGGAUGCCAGUGACCAGGCUAUAUGUGACCAUUGUCUUCACAGUGCUGGUCUUCCUGAUCUUUGGCUUGUCCUAUGGAAUCUACUGGUUCCUCUUAUUUUGGAUUUGGCAGCUUGAUGCAAUUUUUCCUUGCAAUGUUUAUGUAAUGACAACUUUCCUGUCUUGUGUUAACAGCUGUGCCAACCCCAUCAUUUACUUCCUUGUUGGCUCCAUUAGGCAUUGCAGAAUCCAAAGGCAGACUCUGAAGUUGCUUCUGCAGAGAGCAAUGCAGGACACUCCUGAGGAGGAAGGUGAAGGGAGGGGUUCUUCAAGAGAGCCUAGAGAGCAGGAAACAGUCUGGUGCAGCAGUGGAGAGAUGCUUUGA